AUGGCAAUACGUCUGCAUCACAGUCUCAGGCACGCGGCCUGGGCCGUCAUAGUGCCAUUAGCUCUAUAUGCCAUCUUCCUGAUCCUGGCCGUGAAUCCUUUCUUCCAGAGACACUUUGUGUACGCUCACAAGAUCAGCUCUCUUCUAUGGAGUGACCUGAACAACCCCGGUAAAUGGGGGUUUGCCAGAAACCAGGUCACGCCCUUCCAGCUCGGGACGGCUGAUGGCGAGACCAUCUACGCCUGGCAUAUCCUUCCACUGCCGACCUAUCUGCAGAAUGAGGAUGCGCUGUCUGUCGGGUCUCCCGCGUUUGCGCAAGACGUCACGCAGACCGAGUCAUUUAAGCUGCUGAAGGAGGAUCCGGAGGCAAAGGUCAUCCUGAACUGUGGGUUCAUCCCCCUCCCUGUGUCCGGGACCAGUAUGAUUCCUAACACGUCAGUUCACGGGGGCUCCCCUGCUCAUGCUAGGCCGGCGCAGAACGCAGGUCACGUCGCCGAGGUUAUCCGCCCGGCCACCUACCAUUCCCUGACAGCCACGUCUAACUACCACAUCAUCACGUUUGACUACAGAGGAUACGGUCACUCCACGGGCAGUCCCGACGAGGCCGGUCUCGUCGAGGACGGUUCGGCCGUGGUGGAAUGGGUCAUGAACGUCGCCGGCAUCCCGCCCGAGCGCAUCCUUCUUCUCGGGCAGAGCCUGGGGACAGCCGUGGCCAGCGCCGUGACCGAGCGCUACGUCUCGCGCGGCGUCGAGUUCGCCGGACUAGUCCUCGUAGCCGGCUUCAGCGACCUGGCGACGAUGCUGGCCGAGUACCGUAUCGGGGGCGUCUUCCCCGUGCUCGCCCCUCUCCGCUCGUGGCCGUUCCUCAUCAACCUGCUGCAGAGCCUGGUUGUCGAUACGUGGCGUACGGACGACCGGCUUGCCAGCAUUGUGCGAAACACCAAGAACCGCUUGAGGCUCUCUCUGGUCCACGCAAAGAACGAUGCCGAUAUACCCUGGACACAGGACAAUAAGCUGUUCAGGGCUGCCGUCAACGAGGUUGUCAAGAUUGAGGGACACGAAGAUUUCGACGCGUGGAAACAGACGAAGACGAUUCGGACGAGCGACGAUGCAUUUGUGACGACAUGGAAGUCCGAUCCAGAUGUAAUUGUCCGGCAAGAGCUGUUCGCAGUCGGAGGUCACAAUAACAUCAUGACGUACGCUCCUCUGCCGCUGGCCAUCAUGAGAUGUUUCAACUCUGCUGGGACAGGUCGCUCUCGAGGGGGAGAGGAGUAG